CCACAAAAGGGUCGCGCGAAACCAUCGCUGUUUCUUGUCUGUCUGCCCAGAACAUCAUGCAUGGGUGGACGAAGACGGACUUCAGACGGAACAACGAUCAGUUGAUGAUCCGUUGUUGCCACAAGGGCACUGAUGUACCCGUAGUCGUACCUGUUGCCGGUAUAAAUUUUUUCGUCAACAAAAAAAUUGUUGAUCGGCGAAGAUCGGUAUCUUCAGCGAAGACUUUCCGGCCGCAGGCUCUUUGGCAAAAAGACAUCAGUCGGAGACCGCAUCUAAGUAUUGACACGGCAGUGCGAACUACGAGACGAUGGUGAUUCGAGCGUCUUCCGUAGUGCGCCUCUCGAGGCACUGGAGGGCGACGUCCGCGAGGAUUUCUUCGGGGGCUUCCUCGAGGAGGCUUGCGUCUGCCGCUGCUGGCAGCAGCUGCACCGGGGAUUCGUCCACCGUGAACAAUCUCUUGCUGGCCGCGGGUGCGGCAUCGAUUCUCGCUGCCGGCGUUGCACUGGGAUCGGCAAACGCCACUGCCACCAACACCACCGACUGCGAACAAGACUGGGGCAAUCUUCCAGCAUUUGGAAGCAGCUCGGAUUCUAUUCCCGGGAGUGAAUAUUCCGAAAAAGCCAAUGGUAGCAACAACAACACUAUCUUGCUUUCGAAGAUAAAGCGCAAACGCACACAACAGGAGAUCGACGAUCUGGAAAAAGAAAGGCAAAAAUUUGAAGAGCUUCUGGGACAGAACAUUCUCUCUACAUCGGCUGCCUUGCCUGGCGGUUCGGAUUCAAAAAGCACUGAGAGUGUUACCACCAAAAAAAUGUAUUUUUACAGGACGUCUCAGAUCGAAACGGAAAAAAAGAGUAAAUUUAUUCUUUUGGCUGGUCCAAGCUCGGACCAACUGGGCAGCGACAUUGCCCACCUUCUCGGCAAGGAACUCAACAACAUGGAUGUUGGAGCAUUUGCCGAUGGCGAAACGAAAGUGGAACUCGAAGAUUCUGUUCGGGGAAAACACGUCUACCUUGUGUGCUCUACCUCCAGUAACGACGCCGUUAUGGAAUUGACCUUCAUGCUUUCGGCUUUGCGCCGGGCGAGUGCCAAAUCCAUCACGGCAGUCAUUCCAUACUUUGGUUAUUCCCGCCAAGACCAGCAAUUCGGAAGAGAACCAGUAGCGGCUUCCGAUGUAGCUAUUGUAAGUUUCGUUUAGCGAUAUCCAAGAAACACUCGAACGGGAGGAUGGUUUUCACUUUCAGCAUUGUUGACAAUUGGUUGCCGGUUGUACAAAGAACUCAAUUUUUUCUCGCUUUGCCUGACCUUUCUUUGACAAAUCGUUCGAUCGUAUAGAUGUACGAAGAGAUGGGAGUAGAUCACGUCAUGUGCCUGGACCUCCACAAUGAUUCCCUUCGAGGCUUUUUCAGUCCGAAAAUACCAGUCGAGAAUCUGGUUCCGGUUCCUGUCGCAGCAGCAUACUUCAAUGAAGAAUUAGUUGGCGACGGUGAGAAGAUCACCGUUGUUGCAUCGCACGAAGGACAGGUGAGCCGAGCCACUAUCUUUCGAAACGUCCUCCAACGACUGAGCGGUGAAGAUAUCGAACUUGCAUUCAUUACCAAGGCAAGGCAGAGAAGGGGCGAAAAGAAAUACACACCACAGGUGGUUGGGAAUGUGAAGGGUCGCAAAUGCGUCAUUGUUGACGAUUUGGUAAACACUGGAACCACGCUCGAGAGCAACGUCGAAAAACUAGCCGAAAUGGGAGCAAAAUCAAUUCAUGCCUGGGCGACGCACGGGGUGUUUGGUCCAAAAGAAUUGUGUCAGGCAAGGGAAAAGAUUGGAAGCCUGAAAGAUUUGGAAUACCUGCUGAUAUCGAACUCUGUCAAGUACGACGGUGCCCUUCCUGAUAAGAUCCGGCAGCUGAAUGUCGCUCCCCUUCUAGCGGAAGCCAUUGCUCGCUCCUUUCACCACGGAUCGGUUUCAGGUAUUCUCAACCUGAAUGAAACCAUUCAAGAACGGUACGACAGUCGGUAAACUCAGCAGCCGAGUCGAGUGACAACAAAUGAACGAAAUCAUAAGUUAUACGUGCCAGCGAUUGAUCUUUGGUCGUUGUCCUCCUGCUGGUCAACAAUCUUUGGUUUUCAGUUUCAACGAAUUAGUACAUAAUUACAUAACAUCAAUUCUGUUGAGUAAUAUGAUGUUGGAUAUGAAUACCCCCGUGCCUAUCAUACACUUC